AUGUCUAGCAACGAUCAAAUCGACAUCGACAAGCUUAUCGAAGGGACAGAACCAUCAAGUGUCGGACCAACUAGGAUCGAAUUUCAAUCAAUGCGUCUACAACUCCUCGAACUUACUCCCCAAAUCGAAAAAUUAGCCAGUUUGAUCGAGAACAAACCACCGACUGUCAAUAAGCCGCCGACUGUCAAGAAGAGUCACAAGAAGGAGAGAAAGCGUCAAUCUAGCCAGAGAAGACGGGAGCAUCAAAGGACAUCUCAUAACACCGCGAGUCAUACUCCACCCGACCAAUCGCUGAUAUACAACCAAGCUACUCCACCGUAUCAAUUCGUACCGUAUCCCCGAGCCUUGAUGGCCGUGAACGUCUCACCACCCAACGUGCAACACUACACCAACAAUACGCAAUGGGCUCCCUAUUGA